AUGAAUCUAUUUAGAAAAGCAGUCUCUGGAUUAAUCAUUAAGGAUUAGAGUCUUCUACUAAUAAAAAGAGAAAAGGCACCAUAUAAAAAUAAAUGGACUCUUCCUGGAGGUAAAAUUGAAAUAAAUGAAUCUAUUGAUGAUGCAAUCAAAAGAGAAAUAUUAGAAGAAGUUGGUUUACUAGUUGAAGUACAAGGACCAACAAUUAUUUAAGUUAUUUAAUCACAUGUAAAAUAAUUUAUUUAAUUUAAGGAUUUCAUUGUUUAUACAAAACGUUGUUAAAUUAUAAGUGAGUUUUCCCCUAAAGAAUCACUUUAGUAUUAAUAUUAUCCAAUCAAAGACUUUUUAUUAAUGGAAAAAAGAAAAUUAACUCCGAAUUUAUAAAUUAUAUGCCAGACCUUACUUGAUUAUAAAUAAUGA